AUGAGGAUCGCGAGAUUUACGGUUGCAGUGUGCGUUCUCCUCGGACUUUGCUGCAGAUGUACAGUUUACGGACAGGGCUCGAGCGAUGAGGAAUCUUCGAAGACCAGGCCUGUCAAUCUUUUCAUUAUCAACGAUGAUUCCAACAAAGUAGCGAACAGCAGCAUACUAAGCGCCUUGAAGAGGGUCGAGGAAAAUUAUCCUAAUCACUUGGGUAAGGUGUGGAGCAUUGAAAUCAACGAAUCCGACAUAAACGACACCCUGGAUCAUAUUUGCAAUUCCUGGAACUCCGCCGUGGAAAAGGGUGACAGCAAUGUUCCGGAUUUAGUGAUAGACACAACGACUGCCGGUUUAGGAGCCAAGAUAUCCAAUUCGUUCACAGCGGCUGUUGGAGUUCCCACGCUAUCCGCGCAAUAUGGCCAGGAAGGGGACCUCCUCUAUUGGAGGAACCUAAACGCCGAUCAGCAAGGCUAUCUAAUCCAGGUGAUGCCCCCGGCGGAUUUAAUACCGGAAGUAAUUAGACACUUGUGCGUCCAAUUGAACAUUACAAACGCUGCGAUUCUCUACGACCAUAAUUUCAUCAUGGAUCACAAAUACAAGAGUCUGCUGUUGAACGUGCCCACCCGGCACGUCAUCAACGAGGCCUCCCAACAGGUAACCGAAAUGACGAAGCAAUUGCUUCGGUUACGCGACUUGGACAUCGUCAAUUACUUCAUUCUCGGUGACGAGAGUACCAUUAAUAUAGCCCUGGAGGCUGCCGAAGGCUUGAAUUUCACUGGUAAAAAGUACGGCUGGUUUUUAUUGACUCCCGAAGUCAAUAUUUGGCCGAGAUGCAAGUGCAGAAAUAUGAGCGUCCUCUUCAUGAAGCCGGAAAUUAAUCAGAGAAAUCCCACGUUGGAAUCUUCUUUGUCAAAACCGUUUAUUUCUUCCGCCUUUUAUUACGAUUUGCUACACCUGGGUAUUAAAGCGAUGAAAUUGGCCCUGGACGACGGGGAAUGGCCGAUCAGGCCCAAGCACAUCACCUGUAACGAGUACAAUAACACUAAUACUCCGGUGAGGAAGCUGAACUUCUUCGAUAAAUUAAAGAUGGCGUAUAAGAACAUGACUCCGACGUAUGCGGGAAUUAAGUGGGGGUCAAAGAACGGCGAGCAUCACGCUAAAUUCGAGAUGUCCAUUCAUCUGGUGGACAUAAAGGAUGGGCUUGUUUUGGAUACCGUGGACAGUGGAUUUUGGAACGCGAGCGUCACUGAGCCACUGCAGGUAAGUUCGAAUGUUAACGCGUUAAACGCCAUGUUGAUUUUACGCGCCGUUCCGUUCACGCCAUAG